AUGAUCAGAACUGACAUCACGGAUAGUGAAAAGAUUGAAUUAGGUUCGCGUAACCACCCCCUCCUCUAUAUAAAUCACCAUCUCAUCUCCGUCGCUUCCACCGCCGCGCCGGCGACGACUCCGGCGAGCCCUCCCCUCCCGCCUCCGGCCGUGGAAACCCCCUCCGCCGCGGCCACGGGUAACGGGGGGAGCUCCCGCGCCGGCGGCGGCCUCCGCGGCAGGGCGAAGGCCGCCGCCCGCGUCGCCGGCGCCGUCUCUCGCCGCGGGUCGCAGUCGUCUUCGUCGCGUGCCCCGGCGGAGGUCGUCGCCGCAGGCCCGCCUGCGCGGGCGCUGACGCCCGAGCAGGUCGGGCUGUGCAGGGAGGCGCUCGCGCACUUCGAGGGGAAGUGCGCCCGGCCGGGCGAGGUGUCCGACGAGUUCUCGAGGCUGCCGGACAUGAGAAACGAGCUGUUGAAAGGUUCUAAUGCAGCACGUGAUGAUGCAAACAGGGGAAAAAACCGCUAUUUCGAUGUCGUACCAUUUGAUACUACCAGGGUAAGGCUAAAACAGUCAACAAGCAACCAGAGUUCAAGAAAUGAUUACAUCAAUGCAAGCUUCAUAAAUGUCACCGAGGACAACAGAGUUGCAAAAUUUAUUUCCACUCAAGGUCCACUAGUCCAGACAUUUGAGGAUUUCUGGGAAAUGGUCUAUGAAUAUCAGUGUCCUGCUAUUGUUAUGCUCACACAAUUCGCCAGUCUUAAGUGUGAUGAGUAUCUUCCGUUGACUGACCAAUGCAAAGCGUAUGGAAACUAUAAUGUUAAGAUUACAAAUGCCAAAAGAGAUAGGCAUCGGUUAUGGUUGCGCGAUGUGACGGUGCAGUGCAACAAGUCAAGCAAGGUUCAUUCUGUACGCCAUAUAGAAUAUCCUGAUUGGCCUGAUCAUGGAGUUCCAACCAAUACUGAUGCUGUAAGGCAAAUUCGAAAAUGGAUACAAAACACUCCAACUGAGCAUCCUAUAGUUGCACACUGCAGUGCAGGCAUUGGAAGAACUGGUGCUUACAUCAUCAUCCAUAGUACAAUUGAGAGAGUUCUCCUGGGUGACAAAAGCUCAUAUAAUCUUGACGAAACUGUCAAACAUUUGAGAACCCAACGAGUUGGAAUGGUCCAAACUGAGCAACAAUACAUGUUCUGCUAUCGUGCAAUUGCUGAUGAGCUGAAAGAUCUUUUGAGGUCGAACCACUGAGGAAUAACUGGCUGUCCGUUUGUUGCUCCUGAAUGAAUGCCGGAUUCGUGCACAGCAUUUAUGCCUUGAAGGAAUCGUUUGAAGCUUGAAAUUUUUUGUUCUGUGCAUAAUUACUUCUCAAUAGAUUGAUGCCUCAGUACCACCACACCUUCAUUUCAACAUGAUCUCUACUAUUGUUGUUAUUGCUGCUCCCAUCGAACAAUGAGAGUUAUUAGUAGGUUUAGAACUUUCGGUGGCACCGUGCCUGUACUUAAAUAUACAGUGAAGAAUGGUUCACUGCUUGGUCUUAAACAGAAUCAUGUACCUAAUUUCUCUACCUCGUGGACUGAAUAGGUAUAUAAGAGCAUUCCAAAUAUAUAUUUAGCCACUCCCUAUCUUUUUUGGCCACUCAAAUUUAUUUUUUAUUCAAACGAUCUCUCCAUUUAUCCUCUCUGUUCUAAUCUAAGUCACCCCAUCUGUCAGCUUUUUUUUUCUCUCCCUCUCUCUCUUUCUUUUUUCACUUUCUUUCUCUUUCCUCUUCCUCCUCCCACCGGUGAGGCAGGCGGCGGCACAGGGAGCACCGGGGCAGCGGCGCGGCGCUGGAGGGCGGAGGAGUGGGAGGCGGCGCGGGGAGGCGGAAGGAGGCGGCGCGGGGAAGGGCGCGGCGGCGGCCUCCCAGCGGCGGCGGCUGCUCGGCGACGAAGGGCAGUGCGCCGCGGGGCGACGCGGCCAGCCGCGAGGAGGCCGAAGGCGGCGCAGCUAGGCCGAGGGGGAGGCGCGCACGGCCCCGGCGCGGGCGGCGCGGCUCGACGCGGGGAGGGGCCGGCGGUGGCGACGGCUGCCCGGAUGCCGCGGCAGCGACGGCCGCCACGGAUCGGGCGAUGACGGCGGCCGCUCGGCGACGGCAGCUUCUUGGCAGCGUCAGCGACGGCGACUUGCUCGGCGACGGCGGCUGCUCGGCGGCGUCGGCGACCUGCUCGGCGACGACCUGUUGCCUGCUGGAUCUGGCGGUCUGGGAGGCUAGGACUGGGUAGACCGGUGGGCCAUAUGUGGGUUCCACGUUUGGCAAGUGGAGUAGACUGGUCAAAUUUGGCGAGUGAGAGGAGGCAUUUGGCCAUCGGAUAGUUUGGAGAGUGGGAUGAAGAGGCUGUUGGGAUGUGAUUUGUGCUCAAAA